CGCUCCACCAGCAACGAAAAAAACUAGGCGGUGCAGAUGCACCAGCACUCCGGCUUCCCGGCUAUAUACGGCCAUGGACUUCACGGCGCAGCGAUCACGUCCAUCCUCCAUCUCCGCCAGCUGAUCCCUUCGAAGAGAGGAACAUGAGGAUGCCAGGCGGAGGAGGCCGGAACCGAAUGCUGCCGCUCAAGAUCACGAUGAUCCUGGCCGCCGUGGCCGCGUCGUCGGCCCCGGCGGCGCUGGGCAUUCCGAUCGACGAGGACUGCAAGUGCUUCAUGUGCGUCUGCGACCUGGACCCGCACCCGCUCCCGCCGGAGGUGCCGUCCCGCCACCACCCGCCGCCGGAGCCGGUACCCUCGCCGCCGCCUCCAACGCCUUCGCCGCCUCCGCCGGCGCUCCCCGCGUAUUACCCGCCGGCGGAGCACGAGCCGGCGCCCGGGUACUACUACUACCCGCCGAUGCCGUACGGGUACCCGUGGCAGGGGGGCUACGGCCCGCCGGCGGGGGAGGUGUACCCGCGGGAGGACAGGCGCGCGUCCAAGUCCGGCGCGGCCCCGCGCCGCGGGCGCGCCCGCCCGCUCCUCGGCGUCGCGCUCGCGUCCGUGGCGCUGUCGCUGCUCGCGCGCGCUGCUUGAUAUGGUAUACUACUAGUCGUCGCGCGUGUCGUGCGAUACGAUUGUGUUCUGCGUACUACUCGUACCAUCAGUUCGUCGCCGUGCUUUGCCGCUGAUGGAGCGUGGCGGUUGGCAAAGCCUGCAGGAAAGCGUGUAGCUCCUCUCCCGGGUUUUGUGUUGCCUCGUGUGCAGUAAAUGUCCAUCUUUGGUUAUCAA